AUGGAACCUAACCAGACAGCGGGUUCCACUGCUGGGUUUUGGAGAUAUCUCAUCAACCCAGACAAGAGCGCAACCCUCCAGUUUGAGCAGCUAUGCCUGGGGAUUGCCAAAGUCGUGGCGACCCUCGAGCCGGGACCCGACAAUGAACUCACCCCGUCACGUCUAGCCACCUUCUACAGAACCGUCGGCGGCAACUAUGACUCGCUGUUCCUCAAAUCCUCCGAUCACGCCCUCUCCUUCAUGUACCAGACCCUUGGGUGCUUUCACUCUCUGCAGCCGACUCCAAGUCCCUUUGAAACACCCCGAAUCCCAUGCCUGACGCCUACUGGCUUUGCUCGUUGGCAAACGAUCCAGCUCCUUCUCUGUCCCGAGGAAAACGUCGCCUUCCUUCGGAAAGCGGUCCACCUGUGGAACAUCCCGAUGCCCAAUGGCGGCACCUACCCAAAAUACAUCCCCAAGGAGGUUUUCCCAGAUAGACCAGACGAAGAGAUGGAGAGAUGGCACAAGAUGGUGACUGGCAAACUGAACCAGCAGAACUACAAUUUGCGGCGCAUCAAGAAUUCCCCUUAUCAAUCCCCGCAUCUUGAACCCUACGAUCGACGAGAAGGCUAUUUCUCCGGCGCCCACACAGGACGCCCGACAAGGCCUUCGCGCAGCAGCUCUCGCGACGAUCAAGAUCUUCUGGGUGAUGUCUAUUGCAGACGGAGCAGUGUGCCAGAUUUCCCUUCACCGUCGGGGGAGAGAGGGGAUCCGCGAAGUCAGCACGAGGCAAGAAAGACCCGGAGCCACUCUGCUCAAAGAUCAUCGCCAAAAGCUUCACCGCGCCAGCGGUCGCAUACGACCGCCGCCCCUCCUGGCCACCAUAAGACCUCAUCAAAUAGCCCCUCAAAUCGGAGACAGGGGACUGCCCCGACCGAGCAGCCCGGACGACGGCCAUCGUCCGGUUACAACAACAUGCAUUACCGCUCUCCCGCACGCACUCCCUCAACUGUGGACGAAGACACAGGCAGCGAAGCAAGUUCAGAGACCUCGCAGAUGGGUCGGCAUCAUCGUAGAUCCGACGAAGAUCGGAAGAGUCGUCGCUCCUCCUUAUGGGUGCCCUCCUUCAUGAGAUCGUCACACAAACGCCGUCAUUCAUCAGAUGCAGGUUACCGCGCACCUGGCCCUGGAUCCAAACAUUCACAACCAUCCCGGCCGGAGUACUACCCACCUCGUGCAAUCAAGCCCCCGCCUCCGCCAUCUCAACAGCCUUAUGGCGGAGGCCGCCCACCGCAAUGGCGGGAGACCCUCUGGGAUGAGGUGCCCAGCUCCACUCCUGCGACACCCAUCCCAGAAAAUGCACAGGCGCAGUUUGACCCACGAGCGCCAUCAAUUCGUUACCCGGACCAGGCGAGCUUCGAACCACUGACGCGAGAGAGUAGCAGUGGAAGUGAUAAUAGACAUCGCUCCUCCGACUGGGAGCGAGGAAAUGGACAGAGACGACCUGUGCAACCGGCUCCAAGGAUCGCCACUGUAACGGGCGUGCAAGGGCGAAAAUACCCGACCGCUGACCCGAUGAGCCCCGUUGAGCGCCAACGGAGUCAAACUGCUCGUGGCAACUUCACAGCCAUGGUUUGA